UCCCCAGUGGCUGGUCACACACUUGCAGCCAGCGCGUCCAUGCAUGUUGGAGCUCAGGCGGGGAGACUGGAGGAGGAUGCUGAUGCUGAUGUUGCUGCGAAGGAGGAGGAGGCGAGACACAAGCAACCAGUUGCUCUCCAGCUGUCAAAGUGGAUCCUCAGCCGCUACCUGUUGCCUCGGCUGGGGGGAGAAGUAAGAGAGCCCGAAUUGUUCAAUAUAGAAAGCAGUCAAUGAAAGGAUGAUCAUGUCGCGGAUGACGAUGCGUUUAUAAGACAGAAGAAGAAGAAGAAGAAGAAGAAGGUUUUGGGGGAGUUGUGGGGGUGCGCCACCUCCUCCGUGUGGAGGCUUUGCGGUGCGCCGUGUCUCUCGGUGAAGAACCAUGGUCGAACUGGAGAAGGAGGUGCUCCCGUUGCCCCCGCGGUACCGGUUCCGAGACCUGUUGCUCGGGGACUGGCAGGCCGACGACAGGGUGCAGGUGGAGUUCUACGUGAAUGAGAACACGUUCAAGGAACGCCUCAAGCUGUUCUUCAUCAAAAACCAAAGAUCCAGUCUGCGAGUGCGAAUGUUUAACUUCGCACUCAAAGUGCUGAGCUGCCUCCUCUACAUAGUCAGAGUGUUACUGGACAACCCGCAAGAGGAGAGGCCCGACUGCACGAGUGGCGUGAACUGCACCAAACAGACCACAUCCACCCGCCCCUGGAGCGAGUUUGACUGGAAGCUGAUCAUCUGGGUGGAUAGACCCCUACCGCUGUGGGCCCUGCAGGUGCUCGUGGCUUUUAUCAGCUUCUCAGAAACAAUGUUGCUUGUGUAUCUCAGCUACAAGGGCAACGUUUGGGAGCAAGUGCUACGUGUCCCCUUCAUUCUGGAGAUGAUCAGCGCCAUCCCAUUCAUGAUCACUGUGAUUUUGGCCUCUUUCAGAAAUCUCUUCAUCCCUGUUUUCCUCAAUUGCUGGCUGGCCAAACAUGCUCUGGAGAACAUGAUAAAUGAUCUCCAUAGGGCCAUCCAGCGGACACACUCGGCUAUGUUUAACCAGGUGGUGAUACUCAUCAGCACGCUGGUGUGUCUCAUGUUUACAUGCAUCUGCGGCAUCCAACACCUCGAGCGUGCAGGCAACAACCUGACCCUGUUUGAUUCGCUCUACUUCUGUGUCGUCACCUUCUCCACCGUGGGCUUCGGCGACGUCACCCCUCAGAUUUGGCCCUCGCAGCUCCUGGUGGUCAUCAUGAUUUUUGUGGCACUCAUUGUGCUUCCCAUCCAGUUUGAGCAGCUGGCCUUUCUGUGGAUGGAGCGUCAGAAAUCCGGUGGGAACUACAGCCGCUACAGGGCGCAGACGGAGAAGCAUGUGGUGCUGUGCGUCAGCUGUCUCAAGAUCGACCUCCUCAUGGACUUCCUCAAUGAGUUCUUCGCUCAUCCCCGCCUGCAGGAUUACUACGUGGUGAUCCUGUGUCCAGCAGAGAUGGAUGUCCAGGUUAGAAGAGUCCUGCAUGUUCCUCUGUGGGCCCAGAGAGUCAUCUACUUGCAAGGGUCUGCCCUCAAAGACCAGGACCUGAUGAGGGCCAAGAUGGAUGACGCCGAGGCCUGCUUCAUCCUCAGUAACCGCUUUGAAGUGGACCGCAUCGCUGCUGAUCAUCAGACCAUCCUGCGGGCCUGGGCGGUGAAAGACUUCGCUCCCAACUGCCCCCUCUACGUGCAGAUCCUCAAGCCGGAGAACAAGUUCCACGUCAAGUUUGCCGAUCAUGUGGUGUGCGAGGAAGAGUUUAAGUAUGCAAUGCUGGCUUUAAACUGCGUGUGCCCUGGUACUUCAACGCUCAUCACGCUGUUGAUUCACUCCUCCAGAGGACAGACUGCACCCCAGGAGGCUUUUAAGCAACGUGGAGGAGCUUUUCAAGGCCUGAACAGGGAAGGUGGCGCCUGCGCUGCGGACCAAUGGCAUCGAACCUACCGCCGCUGCUCAGCCAAUGAGGUGCACCACAUCCGCCUGGAGGAGAGCAAAUUCUUCGGGGAAUACCAGGGCAAGAGUUUCACCUUUGCCUCCUUUCACGCUCACAAGAAGUAUGGGGUGUGCUUGAUCGGAGUGCGAAGGCUGGACACCACCAACAUCCUGCUAAAUCCCGGCCCCUGCCAUAUCAUGGGGGCCUCUGACAUCUGCUUCUACAUCAACAUCUCCAAAGAGGAGAACUCGGCAUUUGUCCGGGGCCAGAGGGAACCGUCGUGGGGCAGCACCGGAGGGAACACAAGGGGCGUUCACCAAAGCAUUUACCAUGGACUCACCCGCCUUCCAGUGCACAGUAUUAUCGCCAGCAUGGGCACAGUGGCAAUCGACCUGCAGGAUUCCAGUGACAGCAGUCCAGAAGGUCCAGAUCCAGGGAGCGGUGGGCCUGGCAGCGGAAGAGGAAGCCGGAGCAGCUCUAGGACGGAGAUGAGCGGUGCUAAUACUUUGGCCUUGCCUGCUGUGGGAGACUCCGCCGAGGAGAGGCGGCACAGCAUCGCACCCGUCCUGGAGUUGGUGGAUGGCGUCAGCAACCCAACUUUUGACCUCCUGGGAGACCAGUCUGAAGAUGAGGGAGGAGAAGAGAGCAAAGAUGAUGGUGACAAAGACGAGAGCGCCCACUGGUGGGGCCGACACUGCGAGUGGGUGAAGGGCUACCCGCUCAACUCUCCGUACAUUGGCAGCUCUCCUGCCCUUUGCCACCUUCUACAAGAAAAGAUGCCUUUUUGCUGCCUGCGCAUGGACAAGGCUUGUCACCAUAUCCCGUUUGAGGACGCCCGCUCCUACGGCUUCAAAAACAAGCUGAUCAUUGUGUCUGCUGAGAGUGCGGGAAACGGCCUUUACAACUUCAUUGUGCCUCUACGGGCCUACUACCGGCCCAGAAAGGAGUUGAACCCCAUUGUGCUGCUGCUGGAGAGCAUACCCGAGGCAGACUUCCUGGAAGCAAUUUGCUGGUUCCCAAUGGUUUUCUACACAGUUGGCUCCAUGGACAAUUUAGACAGCCUGUUGCGAUGUGGAGUGACUUUUGCCGACACCAUGGUGGUUGUUGACAAGGAGAGCUCCAUGAUCGCAGAGGAGGACUACAUGGCUGAUGCGAAGACCAUCGUCAACGUCCAGACCCUCUUUAGACUGUUCCCAGCUCUGAGUAUUAUCACUGAGCUCACACACCCAGCCAACAUGCGCUUCAUGCAGUUCAAAGUCAAAGACCACUACUCUCAAGCUCUAUCCAAGCUGGAAAAGAAGGAAAGGGAGAGAGGAUCCAACCUGGUGUUUAUGUUCCGCCUGCCCUUUGCUGCAGGCAAAGUGUUCAGUGUCAGCAUGCUGGAUACACUCCUUUACCAGUCCUUCGUCAAGGAUUACAUGAUCUCCAUCACCAGGCUGCUGCUGGGUCUCGACUCCAUGCCAGGUUCAGGGUUCCUCUGUGCUAUGAAAAUCACAGAGGACGACUUGUGGAUACGGACGUACGGCAGGCUCUACCAGAAACUAUGCUCCUCCACUGGUGAUAUUCCGAUUGGGAUUUACAGAACAGAAGCCCACAAGCUUCCAGUUUCAGAGUCCCAGGUAUCCAUCACAGUGGAAGACUAUGAGGACACCAGAGAACCGAGGGAGCCCCUGUUGUCUCGAACCGGCGCUCACCGCAACUCUACCUCCUCGGAGCCCAUCUCGACCUCGUCCCACUCUUCGGACCACCCGCUGCUUCGGAGGAAGAGCAUGCAGUGGGCACGGCGGCUUAGCAGGAAAGGCGGACGGAGCUCCAGCGGGGCCAAGGGCGGCACCGGCAGCGCAGCCGAGAGGAUUAGCCAGCAGAGACUGACCCUCUUCCGGCGCUCGGAGAGGCAGGAACUUAAUGCCCUUGUGAGAACCAGGAUGAAGCAUUUGGGCCUCUCUCCCACUGGCUUCAAUGGGAUGACGGACCAAGGCAACAGACUGUCUUACAUCCUUAUCAACCCUUCUCCAGACACCAGACUGGAGCUGCACGAUGUUGUGUACCUCAUCAGACCAGACCCUCUCUCUUUGGUACCCAAUCAAGGCAGCAGCAGGAAGUGCAGUGCCGGACUCACAGAGAGCCACAGGUUUGAUACCCAGGACAGCACCCAUCUGUGAGACAUGAAGAGACAAAUAUAAUGUAUAAAAAACAAACAUUGCCAGAGGCCCAACAAGGACUCACGCUUGAGAGUGACAGAAAAUGGUGACGGAAGAGCGAGGCAGCCAGAUGGCCAUCAAAUCUUCCCACAGUCAGCCAUGGCAGAUGUGCAUGGAGCUUGUCGAGAACGGCGGCUGGGACCUUUUUAUUUAUGCACCUUCCUAUUUUUCAAGCAGAGUUCGGGACACAGAAGUGCAUUUAAUGAAAAACUUUAUGUAUUUAUAUCCACGUAUGUGCAUGUUCUGUAUUGCAUCAUGCACACUAUAUGGACUAAAGUAUUGGGACACACAAAAAUACAUUCCAACAUGGUAUCCACCGCGCUGGCCUUUGCAGCUAAAACAGCUUACGCUCUCCUAGGAGGCUUUCCAAAAGAUUCUGGAGUGUUUCCGUGUUCAUUUUUGCAUCCCAAAGGUGUUUCAUAAGGUUCAGGUCAGGGCACUCGCGUUCUUCCACACAGAAAAGGGCCUUCGAUAAACUGUUCCUACAAAGAUGGAGGCAUGGAAUGGUGCAAGGUCAAUUAACAGUCAUGGGGAACAACGGGGUCUAAUCAAUUCAAAAGGUGUGUCUAAGUACUUUAGUCCAUGGAAUGUAUGUGUAGUGUGUGCUGUAUGCGUGUAAGAGAAUGAAAGCCAGUCACUGCCAAUUUAAACCGGACAGCCAAAGGAAUCUGCUGCCAGACAAAAAGCUAUGGGAUGUAUUUUUGUGUUGUGUUUGUUUUUGUCACAUUACCUGUUGUUUGAUUGUAUUUUUGUGCUUCGUCAUGAAGCGAAUGUGAGACACGAAACCCACGGUUCGAAGGAGGAGUUCUUUCUUCCACCAUGCUUAAGUCAUGAACCGGACACCGAUUCAGUUUGUUUCUCGAGGCUUUUUACUCUGCGUUGGAAACGCUCGAUGUGCCAUUUCACACUCAAAGAAUUCAUGGUUGCGGCUCUGUGGUUGCUGUAGCUUCGGUGCCAUUAUAAAGAGAAGAAUAUAUGUGUACAUAUUAAAGUCAGUCAACUUUU